AUGGAGGGUCUAUUACAAGAUGGUGUUGCUCUGUCUGACAGGGCGAGAAUGCUUCAUGGCAAGAUGGUUGCCAAAGGUCCCAGCGCUCUAUUCACGCAGCUGGAGCUAAAAGACGUAACGAAUAGCGCAUCGCUAACAGAUCUUAUGUCAAUUGUGCAAGAGUUACUAGACAAGAACCUGCUCAAACUUAUCAAACAGAACAAUGAACUUAAGUUCCAGGCUGUCGAUUUUGCAGAGGCCCAGAAGAAAGCUGCGAUGACGGCAGAUGAGGCCUUGGUUUAUUCCUACAUUGAAGCCAGUGGAAGGGAAGGUAUAUGGACUAAAACGAUAAAAGCUAGGACAAAUCUCCACACACAUGUUGUACUGAAAUGUCUAAAAUCUUUGGAGUCCCAACGUUAUGUUAAGAGUGUCAAGAGUGUAAAGUUCCCCACCCGGAAAAUUUAUAUGCUAUACAACCUGCAGCCUUCAAUCGAAGUAACAGGUGGCCCUUGGUUUACCGAUAGUGAGCUUGAUGUGGAAUUCAUCAAUAGCUUGCUCACGAUCGUGUGGCGUUUUGUAGCUGAGCGUACCUACCCAAAGGGUUUCAACAAUUUUACGGGAGGCAAAGAAGCCCUCUAUGCGUCUCACGUAAACAAUUUUGCCUCCACUGAUGACAUUUUAGAGUUCAUUAUUGGGGCGAAAGUAGCGAACGUUGAGCUGUCUACGUCUGAUAUUAGGUCGUUGUGUCAAGUAUUAGUCUACGACGACAAGCUUGAAAAGGUGACGUUUGACUGCUACAGUGUUACGUUGCAAAGUAUUCUCGAGAUGACGCAACCUGAGGGACAAGCAGAGAAAGACGCACAAGAAACUUUCUCAAUUUUCAAAUGCCAUAACGUAAUUGCACCUUCGAGCAGUGACAACGAAGCCAUCUAUCUUGAUGAGUGGACUCUAUAA